AUGGCGCAGAAUAUCUCCCAAGGCGACCUGCGCGGUCGAUUCACGGUUAGGAAUUCUGUUCAUUCUUCCGAUGUCGACAUCGUUGCUGUUCCUGCCAUAGGAUCUGACGCUUGGAAUACCUGGUUCGGCGAUGACUCUAACGAACCAUGGCUUAUAUCGGACCUUACGAGGGAGAUACCAAAUGCGCGUGUGUUACUCUAUGAUCAUGGGAAGCCUGGCGCUCGCGAUGACUUGAAUUCGCUGGCCCAUAAUCUGCUGAACCGGCUCCACGAGCGGCGACUUAGCGCUAAGAGUCGACGGCCCAUCCUCUUCAUCUGCCAUAGCACCGGUGGAUUGGUAGCUAAGGCGGCCCUGAUUAUCGCCAGCCAAGCAUCAUCGAAUAUGGAAUCUAUCCUGUCGAGCUGUCACGGAAUAGCUUUCUUCGCGACUCCACAUCAGGGAUCGACCUACCUAUACGCUCCAGAGUACACCCAAAGUAUUUGUAGCAUAAUGAGAUUGAAGUAUCGCGUCCCGCAUCAUCUGCGGGAAAUUUUAAAGCCUCGACAUCAACAACUCAUGCAUCUUUCCAAUCAGUUCAGGGCGAUCUCGGCGGAUUUGAAAGUCUGGACCUUCCUGGAGACGGUUGAUUCCGCCAUCAAUAUCACAGGCUCGGACACGAGCGCCACUGUCGAAGUUCAUGUACCAAUCACCUCCAUUCGAUCAGGCCUACUGGGUCUGGAGCAUGAGAAGGAGAUACCUCUGGCUACUGAUCAUGUAGGAACAGCAUACUUCAAGGGUCAAGAGAAAACUACAAGGACGAGCUUCAUAAAGGAGCUUCAGUCAUCUGUCUCCAUGGCAGUACGACUGUCUGCCCUUGUGGAUGCGCCACUCCAUGUCAAAAAAGAAGUCAUGAUUCAGGUCAAUGGAUUCUUUGAAGAUACUGCACUAGGGGUCAGCGAGGAGACUCCUCUGAAGCUUUGGUCCACCAAAGUGACACUCCAUGAUUAUCUGUCAAGAGGCCCAUCCGAGUGCCUCAGAGAUAGGCUAAGCCAGACCAGCCAGAUGCCGCCUGGCUCACUGGAUGAUUCCUCAAUCAGCAGCUUUGACAGCCGACGAUCGUCUAUUCAUUCAGAGUCAGAGCCCGAUGAGCCAGUGAAUGUCACGAGCGAGGAAACCGAACGAACCCAGUCCAGGCCUUCUAUCAAGAAGAGUCGCAGUUUCAUGCCCAUGGCUUCUCCGAAAAUUCAUAUCAGCGAGCCGAGCACCGAAAGCUACCUUGAGUUACGCGACGAGAACAUCAGCUACGACCUAGAGGAGCCGGAUGUACAGCAUGAAGACACCCCUCAGGAAGAAGGCAAUAGCAAUGAAUCGGGAGAGGCUCCAAAUGAGCUCUCCGAUGUCGAAGCGUGCCAAACAAAACUAUUGUGUGCGCUAAGUAUUCCGUCUACAUUCAGUCUGAGCAGGUUCAUAAAUGAGGAAAAUUGGUUUUCAAAGCUGAUCAGAGCGCGUCACCUUGAACCUCACGCUCGUUAUGUACGCCCUUCGUGCAUUUAUUCCAGGCAGAAUGAUGCCUCGCCCAACAAUCGAUCAAGAGGGAUGGAGGACCCUCAGCUCGCUCUAUAUCUUCAUUGGGAUACAUACUGGAAUCUAAUACAACGCCGGAAAGUUGUCGAAGACCGACUGCGGCAAGGAAGAUCCAGACCCGUACCGGACAAAAUAUCCAAGGCGCACUUGGAAUCGAAGUUGAUUUGGAAGUUCCUCGGAAGCGAGCCUCCAAUUCACCUCAGGAGAACGUUGGACCAGUUCGGAUACCCGAACCUGAGAUCUACCACUGCCAGAGAUGACGAUCAAAUGCUCUGGAAGAGGACCAGGAAAUCAAUCAAUCUCAAGGAUGACAUAGGGGAUUUAGUGAGGACAGAGAGUGAUUCAGGCGUUCCGGACGUUUUCGAGGAUGGCAAGGUCCUCAUGGUAGACCAGCUAUGGCUUUGGAUCUUGGACCAGAGAACGGUCGUGACCUUUUUCCCCAACCAAGAGGCUACAACAUCCGAGGGCAAGCUCUACGAACAAGCGAACUUACACAACAGUAUCUAUAAUGAGCUCAAUGGAGAUCUGGCACGGCGUUUCGAGACUGCUGGUGAUCUUGCUGCGCUCAUAGUACAACAUGCUGUCACUGUUUUGCUUGACAGGACCUUGCACCAUGACUUACAAGUUCUCCGAAUUUUCGAAGAGUCCAUCAGCAUCUUGACAGAAUCGGUGACCAAGUCAUUUAAGCGGUUCCGAAGUCGCGGGUUUACCAUAAAUCCUGCUCAACACAACAAAACGGCCGAUGGAAGAACAAUGACCGAGGCGGAGCGUGAUGAAAGAGACAUUCAUGUAGCAAGACAGAAUCGAGAAGACCUUUCUGCGCUAUUGGAACUGAGGGAUAUUAUGGAUGAACUAGGAACGAUCAUGAAGCUUCUCGAACAGCAAACCACAACAGUCAAGACCAUGGCCAGAUACUUCGAAGGCCGGGGAUAUGGCAACGUCUUUGUCGAAGCCUCGCUGGCCCGGCUCGACGAAUACCGCAACCAAGUCCAGGAAAUGAGAGAGAACACCAUCCUGGCUCAGAAAGCAGUAGAGAAUCUUCUUGACUUGAAGCAGAAGCAAGCCAACGUCGAUGAAUCACGACUGGCUCGGUGGGAGGCAGAAGUCACCCAGACCCAGUCACGGUCCGUGAUGGUUUUUACAAUCUUCACUGUCAUAUUCUUACCUCUCUCCUUUUUCACCUCGUUAUUCGGCAUCAAUGUGCGAGAAUGGAGCGGCACAGAGACAAAUCCCGAUUUCCGUCAAAUGUUUCUGAUCGCAGGCCCAUCAUCCGUCGCAAUCAUCCUUAUCGCCCUCCUCUUAGCCUUCAACGAAAGACUCCGGGAGACGGCUGCCAAGGCACUUGCAAUUCUCUUUGGAAUGGCUAGAGACUUUCUCCUAGCUCCCGCUAAGAAGGUUCUUCGUCUGUCCAGAUCUUCAGAAGAGCCCUUGGACGUGCAUCAUGAAGAGAACCGCUUCAAUCGCUAUCUGUCCUCCCGGCGGUAUCGCAGACAAUUAGAGGACGAUAUCUGGAAACAGCAUCCAGAUCGGGUGAUUUCGCCGCUGCCACCUGUGGCAGAGUAUGAGAUGAUGCCGCCGGGAUACGAUUAUUCGAUGAAGUUGAGAGAGUCGAGUCGGCAGGGAAUCUCGGCUUAG